ACUGUGUGGAUGGCCGAGAUCCUGAGCCUCAUUCACAGCCAUAGCUGCCCCGGCUGGAGCCGAACCAUCCUCAAUUCUGACCGCAUGCCCUGGUUCCCAACCUGUCUGGGUCUGGAGUCAGCCCUCAGCUAUCCCCCACCUCGCCUGCUGACCUGCCACCUCCCCAGGCACAUCUUCCCCAAGUCCUUCUCCCAUUCCAGUGCCAAGGUUAUUUACACCGUAUGGGAUCCUCAAGAUGUUGUCAUCUCCUACUAUUACUUCUCCAAGAUGUGCAACAGCUAUGAGGAUCCCACAUCCUUUGAGCAGUUCCUGAGGGACUUUCUGAACGGAGAGUUGCCCCAUGGCUCCUGGUUCGAACAUGUCCAAGGCUGGAUGGAGAUGAAGGACACUGAGAAUUUCUUCUACAUCACCUAUGAAGAGCUGAAGCAGGACAUGCACAGCAGUGUGAGAUGUCUCUGCCAGUUCCUGGGGCAAGAUUUGGAUGACGAUGCCAUCUCCUCGGUGGUGCAAAAUGCCUCCUUCACAGCCAUGCGGGAGAACCCAAUGUACAGCUCCAUCUUGCUCCCUGCAGACAUCAUGGACCAGACGAAGGGCCAGUUCCUGAGGAAGGGCAUCUGCGGGGACUGGGAGAACCAUUUCACAGUGGCGCAGAGCGAGACCUUCGACAGGAUCUACCAGGACAGGAUGCAGGACCUAAACAUGACCUUUCCUUGGGACAGGCAUUAG